AUGGACUUCGCGGCGUUGAUGUCCCAGGAGCUCGCCAAAAAGAAAGGCCCCUCCCCGUCCGACCCCAAAACAGCCGCCGACACCUCCUCCAAGUACACGCGCAAGGCCGACGCCGAAGCCGCCAGGGAAGAAGCCUAUCGCGCCGAACAGAAGCGCCUCGCAGAAGAGAAAGAAGCAAAGGCCGCCGCGAAGCGAAAACGCGAGGAGGACGCCGCGGAAGAGGCGAAGGCCAGGGAGGAGAAGCGCCGCAAGCUCGCCGAGGAGUCGAGGCGGCGCAGGGAGGAGAAGGAGGCCGAGGAGGAGCGCGCGCGGCGGAAGCGGCUGGGCCUGCCGGAGCUCAAGCGGGACGGCUCGACGCCGGCGUCCGGCGCCGAGGAUGAGGACAACGGGCAGGACGAGGUGUCGGCGCUGACGGACGAGGAGCUCACGGCCAAGUUGCGAUCGCUUGGCGAGCCUGCGACACUGUUCGGCGAGGCGCGCCCCGCGAGGGUGAAGCGGUACCGCAGGCUCACCACGGCGGUGACGCAGGGGCCGAUCCCGACGACGCUGCAGCUGGUGGAGGAGAAGGACAUGAAGGUGCCGGACGAGGUCCCGCCCGAGGGCGACAAGGAGGCGCGGCGGUGGCUCUACCGGCAGCUGGCGUCGUACUUCACCAUGGUGCUGCGCGAGUGGGAGCUCGCACUGGCGAGGGAGCGGGCCCAGGCCGGCGGCGAGCUCGAGACUAGCGCCGCGAGGCAGGCGUACAGCACCAUGGUGCAGUGCAAGCAGACCAUGACGCCCCUGUUCCGCAGGUUCGAGAAGGCCGACCUGGACGAGUCCGUGCUGAAGCCCGUCGUGGAGAUCGUCAGGGCCGCCCAGGAGCGGCGCUACGUGGAUGCCAACGACGGCUACCUGAGGCUGAGCAUCGGGAAGGCGGCGUGGCCCAUCGGCGUGACCAUGGUGGGCAUCCACGAGCGAAGCGCCCGUGAGAAGCUCCACAACGGCGAGAGGGGUCACGUCAUGGGUGACGAGGUCACGAGGAAGUACCUGCAGAGCAUCAAACGGUGUCUGACCUUUGCGCAGGUGAGAUGGCCGCCCGAGGACGUCAGGCAGCUGAUGGGCUGA